AUGUAUCCUCUUAUUGUGACUCUCUCACUGCUCAUUCUACCCACCCGAGCAAGGGACAUCGUCUUCCCUCCUGUUGCUGCCAUCCAUAAUCCCUCUUAUCAACACCCUCUCGGCCAUGAAGACGCCAUUGACAUUGUCACCGGCAGCCAAUUCUCUGGUCUGACUACCUUUGCAAAUUUACCCUAUGUCAAUUGCUUCGUUGAUGAUGAAUCAACCCUCAAUAAUUAUGAUAUUGCCUUCCUAGGCGCUCCCUUUGACACGGGUGUCACAGCUCGUCCUGGAGCCCGAUUCGGGCCCAAGGGCAUCCGACUCGGUUCUCGUCGUCUAGGCGGAUGGAGCAUCUACACCGGAGAGAACGUCUUCGCCAGCUGGGCUAAGCUCGUGGAUUGCGGGGAUGCACCACUAACCUGGUUGGAUAAUACCGUGGCGCUGAAACAGCUUGAUCUGGCACACAAAAAGGUUGUCUCAUCUCGUCGUGCCAAUGCCACUCAUCUCAGCCAAUUCCCGCGUAUCAUCACCCUAGGUGGAGAUCACACCACCACCUUGUCUGCCCUGCGAUCGACCCACGAGAAAUGGGGGCCUGUAUCGGUGAUCCACUUUGAUAGUCAUAUCGAUACAUGGGACCCGGAAGUCCUCGGCGGCGGAGUCUCCCACUAUGCCGGCAUCAACCACGGCACAUUCCUCCACCUCGCCCACGAAGAGGGCCUAAUCCGCAACACCUCCAUCCACGUCGGGAUCCGCGCCCCCGUGAUCCGUCCAAAAGGCGACCUCCGCAACGACCUCCGCUGCGGCUUCGAAAUCAUCACCGCCCGAGACCUCGACCGUCUCGGUGUCUCCGGCCUCGUCGAACAAAUCAAGUCCCGUGUUGGCGAUACUAAAGUCUACAUCUCGGUCGAUAUUGAUGUGUUGGAUCCCGCUUAUGCCCCGGCAACCGGAACCGCAGAACCAGGCGGUUUCACGACACGAGAACUCCUCACUAUUCUUGAUGCUCUUCGCGGAUUACCUGUCAUUGGCGCGGACGUGGUCGAGGUAGCCCCGAUUUAUGAUACGGCGGGAGAGACUACCACGCUGGCGGCGGCGGAGGUGGCGCAUUCGUUGUUGGCGUUGAUGGUUGCGAGGGUGGUGAGGGGUGAUGAAUGA